AUGGUGUUCUUUUACGAGGCUGACCAGUGCACCGACUCAGACGGCUACCGUGGCCGAUGCCUUCAGCUAGGCAGGAGCCACGAAAAGCUUCAGCUUCUCUCUUUAGGCGAACAUGUGGUGCUUCUCACAAAACAGCAUGCUCUCAUACCAUCGAAUGACGAGACGGAGUUCAUGUCUAUGGUUACCGUAUACAAUGUAAAGGGGCAGUAUAUCGGGUUUUCAUGCUCACUUCCCUCUUUGUGCAGAUUAUUUACGCUCGAUCAAUCUUUACUGAUUCUGGGCAAAGACGGCACUUUGUCCGAAUUGACAGAGAAAAAUCUUAGCGCAAAGUUGGAUAUUCUGUUCAAGAAGAACCUCUACGAUGUUGCUGUCAUUUUAGCGAAGAGUAGCAGAGACGGUGCUGAGCAUCUGAAGUCGAUUCAUGCUAAAUAUGGUGACUACCUCUACGGAAAAGGAGACUUUGAUAAUGCAGUCAGUGAAUAUAAGGAAACGAUAGGAAUGUUAGAGCCAUCUUACGUCAUAAAGAGGUAUCUUGAUGGGUCUCGAUUACGGCAGUUAUGCGUUUAUCUGGAAGCCUUACACGACACUGACAAAUACACCUUAUAUCAUACUAACAUACUUUUGAAUUGUUAUGCACAGUUGGAGGAGAGAAAGAAGAUACAGCGGUUCUUGGAAAAAAUAGCUUUAGAUGGCAGAACAGACAUGUCUAGUAUAUUUGAAGUUCUGCGGUCUCUGAAAAUGUCAGAAGAUGCAAGUCUGCUAGCUGUAAAACUGAAUAUGCACGAUCACGUCCUCUCAAUGAUGAUAGAAGAUCUUGGACGGCAUGCCACUGCA